AUGGUGGUGGUGGUGGUGGCUCAGAUCGCUGCCAUGAUGGGCGGCAGCAGCGGCGUUCUUCAGCUCGGAGCCCUCCAGGUUGUGGAUGUCCGAUAUGUGGAGCCCAGAGCGUUGCGACGACGGUACUUUGGCGUCAAAAAGGCUAAAAGGAUAAAGGAUAAGAGCCUUUUUGACGCCAAAGUACCGUCGUCGCAACGCUCUGGGCUCCACAUAUCGGACAUCCACAACCUGGAGGGCUCCGAGCUGAAGAACGCCGCUGCUGCCGCCCAUCAUGGCAGCGAUCUGAGCCACCACCACCACCACCAUAAUUGUAUCAUGGCCUUGGAAGUGAACUGCGGCCUACAAGGAUAUGAAAAAUCUUCGCAGAAUCGUCUUCCGCCGGAUCAGAUCUUCAAGUGGACCUCGUCGACCGUGCCGGGACUAAUCAUGCCAAGGAUACGUCAGGACAGCAACUCCGCAUUCCACCGCAGAUGCCCUUCGCAGCCGGAUGUUCUUCUGACCAGCCUGUCGGAUUCUACGAAGUUUCUACUUGACCUGGAGCUACUCCUGGACGAUGAACCAAAGAUCAGCAGCCCGCACAAAGCAAGAUUUCAGAUGCACCGAUGGCUCAAGUUUAUGCCCCACAUACGGUUCCAGAACACCGAAUUCCCGAGGAAGGAUAGUCUUAAAAACCAGGUUUCGGCAGUUUUAAUGAACAACUCAGCUGCUGAUGUGUCAGUUAUGGUUGGCGGUAGGAGGUACAAGAGCUAUCUGAUGGCUUUGAAAUCGUAUUGCCGUCUGUUCCACGGCGAGGAGUACCAGACCGGAGAUACUUUGAUGCUAUGUGACGGGUCGAUAAGCCCCGAAUCCUUCGAGAUCGCCUAUUCGUGGAUGACCCAGCACCAGGUAUACUUCUACGGCGAGCAGAUUCUGGAUCUCUUGGUGGCCGCAAAGGCUCUUAUUUGCCCGGAACUGACUCGCGCCAUCUACGAUUGCCUGAACAACCAUAACAACUUUUCCGAGUUGGAGGCCUUCGAUUGCUACGGACGGGCCAUGGAAAAAGGAAUGACUGAGGUAGCCAUGCUGAUGCUGGGUCGGGUCGGCAAGUGCUUUCUGGUCCUGGUGGGCACAUCCCAAUUCAGCCAGCUGAGUGUGAAGCACUGCAGCAUCGUGCUUGGCUCAAGCCAUCUUGCUGUACAAUCGGAAAUAGAGACUUUCUAUGCAGCUCUGGGAUGGAUUUACAAAGAUUAUGAGGGACGCAAGAAGGAUAUCGGUCUUGUUCUAGACAGCGUUAAGUUUAGUUGGCUGCCGCCCCUAUUUCUACUUUGUUUGGCGGAUUACCUGCCGGACUUGCAGCCGGAAGUGGCGGAUCAACUGUGCGGCUUCAUCGAUGCCGGGAUGGCCAUGCAGCAGUGCGAAGCCCUCACUCCGUUCAUGCGGCACGGGGAGAGCGAGGGAAGUCGUAACUGGAUCGUGGACCCAAAGUGUCCCUACAAACACCAUUUGCAUCAUGGCUUCCCCGAUAAAGUGAGCAUGGAAGCAUUCAUCGAUUAUAUGAAAUCGAUUCAGGCCAAUCCAAGUAAGUUCCGUGCCCGCUUGGAGGACGGAGCCAAGCCAUCGUGGCGUAGUUCUGAGCCAUCGCAGGAAAGCAUCGAUGUAGGAACGGAAAGCCAGGAUAUGACAUCUGUCCGACAUAAGGUUGAAGAAAAGCUAUCUGCAAUUCUAAAGAAAUCUUGGGAGGACCAAUCCGAACCGAAACUAUCAAACACCAGUCUUUCUCAGUUCAUGCCGACAGAGUUCUCGUCAUUGGAGGAAUUGGAGUACCGCUCCUGGUCGAAAAUCGUUAAAAAACGGGAAGAGGAUAAUCUUUAUGGGUAUAAUCGUCCCGAAAGAUUCAAGGCGAUGCCUUCCCGAAAACGGCCCAGAUUUUAGGAGUACGUCUAUGCGUUUUUUUGGACGUACUUCCAAAUGCCAUCAAAAAAAUUGUUAAAUUUCAUUAAA